AAAAACAUUGCCAUUCGUUUGCAUGUCUUUCUCCCAUAGUAAUCCUCACUGUGCUAGACAUUUGCAUUGAGGGGGCCGGUUUUAUUUUCCCUGGCUGUAUAAUAUCUUGGCACUGUGAACAGAACAUGCAAAUCCAGGACUGGUGUCCCUGCAAACCGGGGAAGAGCAGUUAAACAGAUUCAACCUUGCGGAGAAGAGUCACGGAGAACGCCUUUCUGAAGAGAGAACGCAGGCUGCCAAAGCUAUGAAGAGCGUGGGGUGGAAGAUAAAGAUGGAUAACCAGCUUUACUGCCUCCUCAGCCUGGUCCUAUGUGUGCUCCCCAGUGCCAGUGCUCUGCGGACGUACCAUUUGGGAUAUUCACAGGUAGACUGGGACACAGCACAGGCAUACUGCAGUAGAAACUACAUCGGCAUGGCCACUGUUGUCACCACAGAGGAUGCAGUUGAGAUCGUCAAGAUUGCAAAGAACACGAACAGUUCUGUUUGGCUGGGGAUGAAGACGGAUGCUGAUGGAAAUGUGUUUUGUUUAAAUGGGGAUAGUCUGACCCCCGGGAUGAUGCCUAGUGGAACCCCAAACAAUGUUCAAUGCGUCUGUGUCAAACCAGAGAAGGCAACUUGGGAGCUGGGUGGUUGCAUGGACGCUCGUUAUCCUCUCUGCUACACUGAAGACCAAUCUGAUCCAGUAGCACCAACGACAGCCCAGACGGACACUUCUUCAGGAAGUGUAUUGAGGCUGGCGGAUGGAGGGAACCCCUGUGCUGGGAGAGUGAAGGUUUAUCAUAAUGGACAGUGGAAGCCAGUUACUGAUUACAACUGGAAUAUAAAUAAUGCAGCAGUUGUGUGUAAUCAGCUGGGCUGUGGCUCUGCUCUAGCAGCACUACGUGGAAGUCACUUUGGACACAGUAGUGAAUAUACCUGGCAGAAUGUGUUUUAUUGCGGUGGCUCUGAGUCUUCUCUAUUGGACUGUCAUCAAUAUGAAUACCAGAGCACCUCGUAUAACUACAGGCAAGCUGGAGUGAUGUGCACAGGCAGUGAAGAUGUGAGGCUGGUGAAUGGAGGGACCUGCUCUGGGACAGUGGAGGUGUUUCGUGAAGGACAGUGGGGGAUAGUUUGUGAUGAAGGAUGGGAUAUGGUCGAUGCUGGAGUCGUGUGCCAACAGCUGGGCUGUGGAUCGGCUUUAGAAGCACCAGGUAGUAAUUACUUUGAUGCUGGUUCCGGACCUGUCUGGCUGACAGGGGGCUCCUGUAGCGGAGGGGAGUCUGCCCUGCGGGAUUGUGGGUCAGGCAGAUGGGACAAACAGAGCUGCGCGAGCAGAGCAAGUGCUGGAGUGAACUGCACAGGCAGUGAAGAUGUGAGGCUGGUGAAUGGAGAUACCUGCUCUGGGAGAUUGGAGGUGUUCCAUGAAGGACAGUGGGGGACAGUUUGUAGUUAUAACUGGCAAAUAAGCUAUGCAUCAGUAGCAUGUAAACAGCUGGGCUGUGGCUCUGCUAAAUCAUUUUCAUCUGCAUUUGGACAUGGCACCGGACCCAUCUGGCUCCGUUACAUUUCCUGCACUGGUUCUGAGACUGCGCUGCGGGACUGUACCAUAAACAAGUGGGGGGAGCAAGGCUGCUCUCACAGCAAUGAUGUGGGGAUGAUCUGCGGUGAUGAUCUGAGGCUGGUGAAUGGAGGCAGUCCCUGUGCUGGGAGAGUGGAGAUUCUUCAUGAGGGACAGUGGGGAACAGUUUGUAGUGAUUAUUGGGGUAUGGAGGAUGCAGGAGUUGUGUGUAAACAGCUGGGCUGCGGAUCGGCUGUAUCAGCACCACGCAAUGCUCACUUCGGAGCUGGUUCUGGAACCAUCUGGCUGGAUGAUGUUUCCUGCAGCGGUUCUGAGUCAGCUCUGUGGGAAUGUGAAUCUGAAGGGUGGGGAGAGAGUGACUGUGGUCACAGUGAAGACGCUGGAGUGAUCUGUUCAGGAGUGCGGUUAAGUGGUGGCAGCGAUCUCUGCUCUGGGAGAGUUGAAGUACAGCAUGAAGAGACCUGGGGAACGGUCUGUGAUGCUGACUUUGACUGGCAGGAUGCAGAGGUUGUCUGUCGGGAGCUGAAGUGUGGAGUUCCUAAAGAGGUGCUGGGAGGAGCCCCUUUUGGAGAGGGGCAGGGUACGGUCUGGUCCGAGGAGAUGCAGUGCCAGGGAAAGGAGCCUCACCUCAGUAGGUGUUUGACUUCAGCCAGCAAGAAUCAGAGCUGCACACACAGGAACGACGUGGGCCUUGUCUGUAUUGGUGAGUUUAAUGAGUACAGGCUGGUGAAUGGCUCUGAUUCCUGUUCUGGUCGAGUGGAGCUGCAUCAUGAAGGAGUCUGGGGGACGAUCUGCGAUCACUGUUGGGAUCUGCAAGAUGCCACAGUUCUCUGUCAGGAGCUGAAUUGUGGGUAUGCUGUAGCUGUCCUUGGACAGGCCCAUUUUGGAGAAGGCAGCGACCCAAUAUGGGCUGACAAAUUCAGCUGUGAAGGCACGGAGACACACUUAUCAAAGUGCCCCAUCUCUGCAUGGAGACACAAGCCAUGCACUCAUGCGAACGAUGUGGGAAUUGUUUGUUCUGGUAAAUUAUUAUCUUCCUCUCCUUUGAUCCCAGCACAGGCAGGUCGAGUCCGGUUGGCAGCCGGACCGAGUCGCUGUGAAGGCCGGGUGGAAGUUUACUACAACAGGACCUGGGGGAGAGUUCUCCACGACUCCUGGGGCAUCACAGAGGCUUCCGUGGUGUGCAGAGAGCUGGACUGUGGCUCUGCAAUGGAAGUCUCUAACUCCUCUCGAUACGGGACAGGGGACAGUGAUGUGUGUCUGACAGGCAUUCGCUGCACCGGGGACGAGUCCCAUCUGAUAAACUGCAGCCUUCCACAGCAAGUCAGCUGCAGUACCAGUAACGGUGCGGCUGUGCUGUGCUCCAAUCACAUGGCCCUCAGGCUGGUUGGGGGAGGAGGUGCCUGCGCUGGGAGGGUGGAGGUUUAUCACAACGGCUCCUGGGGGACGGUCUGCGAUGACUCCUGGGACCUGGCAGAUGCUGAGGUGGUGUGUAAGCAGCUCCAGUGUGGGAUGGCACUCAGCGCCUCAGUGUCAGCGUCCUUCGGCCAGGGGACCGGACCCAUCUGGCUGGACGAGCUGCGCUGUCAGGGGAACGAAUCGACUCUGUGGGAGUGUGCCUCAGGAGGGUGGGGGCAACACAACUGCAGACACAAGGAGGACGCGGGAGUCGUGUGUUCAGAGUUCAAGAAGCUGAGACUGUCUCGGGGCUGUUCUGGACUGGUAGAGGUUUUCUACAAUGGCACCUGGGGCAGCGUCUGCUAUAACGACAUGGAUAAAAACACAGUUAAGAUGAUAUGCCGUGAGGUCAACUGUGGAGAGAGUUCUGAAAUAUCAAUGCCACUUCCAGCAUCUAGCACUGCGCGCAAGUGGCUUGAUAAUGUUGAAUGCAGAGGGCAUGACUCUACACUGUGGCAGUGUCCAUCUUCACCCUGGGGUCAAAACAACUGCUGGGACAAUGAGGUGGCUGAGAUUGACUGCAAAGCAGUGGAAAAGAAGCCAACUGUCUCCAGCAUACCCAAGAACUGCUCUGAAGACCUCACUCAGGAGCACUGCUCAGAGCCAGCAGAGCUGAGGCUAGCUGGAAGCUCAAGUCCCUGCUCCGGACGGGUGGAGGUACGGUUCGAGGGGUCCUGGGGGACAGUCUGCGAUGACUCCUGGGACCUGAAGGACGCCCAGGUGGUCUGCAGACAAGUAGGCUGUGGGGCAGCAGAGAGCGCAGGGAGGGGUGAGGCUACGUUUGGACAAGGGAACGGCAUCAUCUGGCUGGAUGAGGUGAACUGCAGGGGCAGCGAGAUGCACCUGUGGGACUGCCGGCACUCUCCACUGGGACACAAUGACUGCUACCACAAAGAGGACGCAUGGGUUACCUGUGCAGGUGUUCCAACUACUAUAAGCUCUCCAUUGACAGAAGCCUCUCCAUCCAGGCUGCAGCCACAGAGAGACAUGACCAUCCCAGUGAUAGCCUGCAUCGUGCUGGGAGCUCUGCUCUUUGUGGUGUUGGUCCUGUUAGCCGGGCAGCUGCAGCACAACAGGAUGCUGAGGAGAGGGAUUGCUGAGGAGGUGCUUGACCCCUUCCAUGAAGCCGUUUACGAGGAGAUUGAGUACAAACUGGCCAGACAGGGAACCUAUGAUGCGCCCAGGAGAGGGAGUUUCCUUUCUGAUGAGCUGCCCUCUGACUAUGAUGAUGUGGAGGACAGUGAAUCGAUGCCCUCUCUGGAAGGAGAGACCCCAGGGUACUAUGACGAUACCGUCCCUAUGAACAGUAACCCCGAAGAUUUAUCAGGGAGUUUCCAUUAUGACGAACUUCCCUCUGGCUACUAUGAUGUGGAGGACAGUGAGGUGAACCCCAUCCAAGGUUUUCCCCUCACUCCCCCUGGAGAGGAAAGUGCCCGGGCCGCACUGCCCCCUGAAGAAGGACCCGGUGCACCUGACAGGACUGACUACGAUGAUGUUGGGGAGGAGUCUCCAGGAGAGGGCGGUGAUGAUCUGAGGCUGGUGAAUGGAGGCAGUCCCUGUGCUGGGAGAGUGGAGAUUCUUCAUGACGGACAGUGGGGGACAGUUUGUAGUGGUGGCUGGGAUAUGAGCGAUGCUAGAGUUGUGUGUAAACAGCUGGGCUGUGGAUCUGCUGUAUCAGCACCAAUCGAGGCUCACUUUGGAGCCGGUUCUGGAACCAUCUGGCUGGCUUAUGUUUCCUGCAGCGGCUCUGAAUCUGCCCUGCGGGACUGUUGGUCACCUGGGUGGGAGUCUAAUGUCUGCAGUUUUGUGAUUUCAGACCAUCGAGGAGUGCGGUUAAGUGGUGGCAGCGAUCUCUGUUCUGGGAGAGUUGAAGUACAGCAUGAAGAGACCUGGGGAACGGUCUGUGAUGCUGACUUUGACUGGCAGGAUGCAGAGGUUGUCUGUCGGGAGCUGAAGUGUGGAAUUCCUAAAGAGGUGCUGGGAGGAGCCCCUUUUGGAGAGGGGCAGGGUACGGUGUGGCCUGAGGAGAUGCAGUGCCUGGGAAAGGAGCCUCACCUCAGUAGGUGUUUGACUUCAGCCAGCAAGAAGCAGAGCUGCACACACAGGAACGACGUGGGCCUUGUCUGUUUCGGGUACACUGAGUACAGGCUGGUGGGUGGCCCGGACUCCUGUUCUGGUCGAGUGGAGCUGCAGUACGAUGGUCAGUGGGGGACGGUCUGCGAUCGCUAUUGGGAUCUACAGGACGCCACAGUUCUCUGCAAGCAGUUGAAUUGUGGGUACGCUGUAUCAGUCCCGGGGCAGGCCUGGUUUGGUCAAGGCAGCGGUGAUGUACGGGCUGAUAUAUUCGACUGUGAUGGCAGUGAGACGCACAUAUCAAAUUGCUCCAUCUCUGCAUGGGGACGAGGGGCCUGCACUCAUAGCAAUGAUGCAGGAGUGAAUUGUUCAGGUCCAUUGCUACCAGCACAAGCAGGUCGAGUCAGGCCUCUACCAAGUAAAUGCAACACCAGUAAUGAAGGGACUACGCUCUGCUCAGAUCACACGGGCCUCAGGCUGGUUGGGGGAGGAGGUGCCUGCGCUGGGAGGGUGGAGGUUUAUCACAACGGCUCCUGGGGGACGGUCUGCGAUGACUCCUGGGACCUGGCAGAUGCUGAGGUGGUGUGUAAGCAGCUCCAGUGUGGGACGGCACUCAGCGCCUCAGUGUCAGCGUCCUUCGGCCAGGGGACUGGACCCAUCUGGCUGGACGAGCUGCACUGUCAGGGGAACGAAUCGACUCUGUGGGGGUGUGCCUCAGGAGGGUGGGGGCAAAACAACUGCAGACACAAGGAGGACGCGGGAGUCGUGUGUUCAGAGUUCAAGAAGCUGAGACUGUCUCGGGGCUGUUCUGGACUGGCAGAGGUUUUCUACAAUGGCACCUGGGGCAGCGUCUGCCAUAACGGCAUGAAUAAAAACACAGUUAAGAUGAUAUGCCGUGAGGUCGACUGUGGAGAGAGUUCUGAAAUAACAAUGCAAAGUUCAACAUCUAACAGUGCGCGCAAGUGGCUUGAUAAUGUUGAAUGUAGAGGGCAUGACUCUACACUGUGGCAGUGUCCAUCUUCACCCUGGGGUCAAAACAACUGCUGGGACAAUGAGGUGGCUGAGAUUGACUGCAAAGCAGUGGAAAAGAAGCCAACUGUCUCCAGCAUACCCAAGAACUGCUCUGAUGACCUCACUCAGGAGCACUGCUCAGAGCCAGCAGAGCUGAGGCUAGCUGGAAGCUCAAGUUCCUGCUCCGGACGGGUGGAGGUACGGUUCGAGGGGUCCUGGGGGACAGUCUGCGGUGACUCCUGGGACCUGAAGGAUGCCCAGGUGGUCUGCAGACAAGUAGGCUGUGGGGCAGCGGAGAGCGCAGGGGGGGGUGAAGCUACGUUUGAACAAGGGAACGGCAUCAUCUGGCUGGACGAGGUGAACUGCAGGGGCAGCGAGAUGCACCUGUGGGACUGCCGGCACUCUCCACUGGGACACAAUGACUGCGACCACAAAGAGGACGCAUGGGUUACCUGUGCAGGUGAGAGAGGGGAAGCCUCUCCAUCCAGGCUGCAGCCACAGAGAGACAUGACCAUCCCAUUGAUAGCCUGCAUCGUGCUGGGAGCUCUGCUCUUUGUGGUGUUGGUCCUGUUAGCCGGGCAGCUGCAGCACAACAGGAUGCUGAGGAGAGGGAUUGCUGAGGAGGAGCUUGACCCCUUCCAUGAAGCCGUUUACGAGGAGAUUGAGUACAAACUGGCCAGACAGGGAACCUAUGAUGCGCCCAGGAGAGGGAGUUUCCUUUCUGAUGAGCUGCCCUCUGACUACGAUGAUGUGGAGGACAGUGAGGGGAACCCCAUCCCAGGUGAAGCAGUGCUCUCUCUGGUCUGUAACACUAAUGCUGUUCUCUGUCUCUUUUAG